AUGUCCUCCAAGGAACUACAAGACCGAAUCGCACAAUUGCUGGCUAAUGCCACCGAAGUCGCCAGACAUGGCAAUCUUCAACCAGCAUACGAAGCCUUGAAAGAGGCUUCACAUCUGGACGCCGAAAAUGCUCAGGUCAAAGACGCCGUCGUCGCAUUGCAGGCCCGUGAGCAGACAGGAGAUGCGCGCAACCUGGUCAAGGUAUAUCUGGACGAAGGUGCUGAGGAAGACGGACAACGGGCACUUUUGGCGCUGAGGCAAAAGCAACUCCCACAGACUGAUGCCCUUGAAGUCUUGCACUUGCUUCUCAAUACAACCUCUGACCGGGAUCUACUCGAUGCGCUGACUGGUGCUUUACUCUACAAGAGUAUCCAUGCUCGGAAAGAUGUAGCCAAAAGAUUCGAUCAGCCCAUCACUGGCCUCUUCACCCAGCUGUUUGAUCUUGGCGAGGAGAGCUUCAAGGCGUUCGCCUCGAUUCCACUUGACGAUGCCGCAUGGGUUUCGGAAGACUCACGGAGGAAAGCUCAGAUUGACCUAUUCCGUCUCUGUCUUGCGAAGCUCAUCGACUGCGACGUCGCACUUCCCGCGCGACUGAUGCAAGUCAUUGCCCGUCAAUUGGCGAUCGCUCCUGACAAUGUCAAAGAUCUUGUCGACUUCGACGUGUUCCGAGUCAUCCUUGAUCAGCUUGACAUUCGACUUGAGCCAAAGCUGCGAAAUCAAGCUAUGCUGGCGACGUCAAAGAUCCUUGAGUCUACUGGAGAGAAAGGCGAGCAGCUGUUCGGUCAAUUCCUUGUGUCCGAGGUGGCCAAGCAGACCAACGACGACAUGAUUUCGGCAUUUUCUGCCGCAGCCGCGGUCUUCCCUAUGAUUCCCGCUGUGGCAGCUCAACUGUUCAUGACGGAUGGAUUCGUGCAGCAGCUCGUUCCUAAUCUAGAAAGGAACUCCGAAGCAGCAGCACACGGACAAAGGUAGGCUUUCUGAGCGUGCAUUACCUUUUCACAAAUAACUGCCAUUCUGCGGCUUGCAAAUGCCAGAUACUGAUGCUUCGCAGAAAGAGCAGGACCCUCGAGCAGGCCGCUCUGGAGCUACUCAGCGCUGCUUGCGUCGACAAAGCAUGCAGAGAAGCCAUUGACAGAUACUGUUCUCCAUGGUUGCGAGAUCUUUCGGAGGAGCGAGAGAGCAAACACAAAGCAAUAGCAGCUCUUAUCCUGGCGAAGAUCAAGUCGGUCUCGCAGGAGGAAAUCACUGCUAAGCUUGUCGACCUAGUUCUUGUUGGAGACGGCGGGCGAGAGCAAGCUGUUGAAGGCCUAGCAUACACAUCUCUGCAACCUAAGAUCAAGGAGCAGAUAGUGGCCAACGAAAAGCUCCUCAAACGUCUCAUGGAGGCACUGAGGGAGCGAUCAAGUGCUGCUUUUGGCUGUCUUACAGUGUUCUCAAACUUGACAUCCUACCGAGCAAAGCAGACUGCUGAGCAGAAGAAGAUGGCUCAGCUGAAGGCUUAUGCUAAUCAGCAGAAGCCGGAACCUGAUGAUCCAUUAGACAACGACACAUUCGUCACUUCGCGAUGCAAGAAGCUGCUCGACGCAGAUGUUAUGCCUGCCAUUGUAGCUUCUUGCAAGCAGACGAGCUCUCCGACCAACAUUGCGAUGGCAGUGCGUACUCUUCUGGCACUCUCACAAGAACAAAAACAUCGCACGAAAAUGGUUCAACAAGGCGCCGUGAAGCUCCUGCUUCAAAUUCGCGAAAGGAUCGCGAAGACCGACAAGAGUACAUCCGAGGCAUCGAUCAUUGAACGUAACGCGUCGCAUACCCUUGCACGGCUACUGAUUUCUGUGAAUCCGUCUCACGUCUUCUCUUCGAGUCUGCCGGCCUCAUCAGCCGUUACAGCGCUCAUUCCGCUACUUUCUUACGAUCAAGAGAGCGAACAGCGUGAUCUGCUACCUACCUUCGAGGCCCUCUUGGCGCUCACAAAUCUGGCGUCCAUGGAAGACAACUCUGUUCGCGACCUGCAAAUCCGUGUCGCAUGGGAAAAAUUGGAAGAGCUACUGUUUUCGUCCAACAGCCUAGUCCAGCGGGCUGGCGUUGAGCUGAUCUGCAAUCUGAUGGCCUCUCCGUCUGGCGUUGCCAAAUUUGCAGACGGCUCCAACGAUGCGAAACGAAGGAUGCAAAUCGUCCUUGCGCUCGCAGAUGUUGAAGAUCUGGCUACUCGACGAGCAGCGGGCGGAGCACUGGCUAUGCUGACGGAAUGGGACGCCGCAGUGACGGCUGUGCUGGAGAAAGAUAGAGGUAUCGGUGUGUUGCUAAGUAUGUGCGAAGACGAAAGCGACGAGAUGAAGCACCGGGGCUUUGCGUGCGUGUUGAACGUCAUCAGCGCACCGGACGAUGUUGGUGCGAAAGGCGUUAAGGCCGUGAAGGAUGCCGGUGGUGCUGAGGUGUUGAAGGAUGCCUUGCGAAAGACCAAGAAUCCCGAAGUCCUCGGAAUAGGUGUUGAGGUUUUGAAGAAGCUACAAUGA